GGGGAAUCGCGCGCAGAGCCCCAAGACGGUGAGGCGGAGCGGCGCGCACGGCACCUUGGGAGCUGUGGUCUUCUGCUCCGGCGUCUGGGAGCCCGUUGGGAGGUUUUCCCCUGGAGCGGAGAGCAGCCGCAGGCUAACUCAUUGGCAUCUGAUUGGCUGUCCCUAGAAAGUGACGAGGCUUCGCGGUCCCUGGCGGAGAGCCGAGAGGAGGCGGGCCCGCUGGGCUUUGGGCGCGAGCGGUUGAAAGAGACGGUUGGUGUUGGUUCGGCCUCCCAAGUCCGGUCCAGUCGCCCAGCCCCGCUCCAUGGCGAACCCUGAAGGGCUGCAGGUUUCCCCGCCGCCGCCGCCCCCUUCUUCUCCUUCGUCUUCAGACACGUCUUCAGCAUCUUCCCCCGGCGCCCCGGGGGGUUUGGGCUGGCCGGUUCCGAGCAAGAGCAGCGGCCGACUGGUGGACCCGCUGGAAGAGGUGGAGCUGCAGAUCGGAGACGCAGCAUUUUCAUUAACCAAACUUCUGGAAGCCACAUCUGCAGUAUCAGCUCAAGUGGAAGAGCUUGCCUUCAAAUGUACAGAAAAUGCACGUUUCCUUAAAACAUGGCGGGACCUCUUGAAAGAAGGCUAUGAUUCCUUGAAGCCUGACAACUAAUUUGACUGUAAUAAUGCAUACCUCCUUACCUAGGAUGUUUGCACAUGUACCAUAGGGACUGGAUAAUUGCACGGUUCUGGAUACUGAAGAUGAAAUUUUUCUUGGUUUUCUUCAUUUUGUGAAAACAGAAUGCAGAUGUUAUUUUUGAGGCUGAUUCAUAUUUAUCUUUAAACACUUUCUGUCCUCUGAACUUUCAAAGAAUCUUUUAUGAAAGUUAAUCAGUAGAUAAUAAUGCCACAGUGUUACCAGUAGCAAACUAGGUGGACCAUUAUGCUCUUCUAUUUGCAAGAAGAUUCCAAGAAUAGCAGAAUUUGAAAUUGAGCUUUAUUUAUGAGCCAAAGAAGGUAAACUUUCAUGUUACCAUUGUUAGAGUUAGCUCCACUGGGCUAAGUUCCCUAGAACCAAUGAUUGUGUCUUAGUUACUUACAUAUUUCCAGCAACCUAAAACACUGUUACACAACAGUCACUAGAUGUUUGUUGAAUAAGAGUUGACAGCAUGAUUGAAAGCUGCUUUUCCUUCUUGAUUUUAGCAUAAAGAUGUUAAUUGUUUCUUGAAAAAGUAUUUGAGUCAGAACCUCACUGACUUGAAGGAAAAUGUUAUCUUUUUUUUUUAACAGGAAUUUGAACUUUGGUAACAACUUUUAAAAAUAUAUGAUAAAUAUUUUUCACCCCUCUGUGAUGCUUUUCAAAAAAACUUACUGAAGCCUAUCUUGAAAAAAUACCUAUUUUUUUCCUCUGUUUCUGAGGUUAACUGCUUUUAUGGAUAUUUCUCAUAGUCACUGUUUUGUAUGUUUAAUUGUUCUCUUUAAAGUGCCUUAUCAAAAUUAUGGCUCUGUAUUAUUAUUCUUGGAGCUUGGCAGGUAAUAAUUUUAAAUUCUGAAUGUAAUAAUUCUAAACAAGUACUUUUAAAAAAUGCAUCAAAUUUAAAUGAUGCAAUUAUUUUCAUAUUAUUUGAUCUUCAUGACAAUGCUGUUUUACUUGUCUCAUAUCUUAUGUUGUGCGCACAUGCUCUCUCUCUCGGUGAGUUUGUGUCAUAUAUGUUGGUGAUUAAGCCAACUAAUUCUCUGUUGUGUGACUUCUGUACGUAUCUGAUGCAGCAUCUUAAUUCUUUGUAGCUGUGGAGGUAUGCACAGAACUACACUUCCAAGCCCCACAAUGGGCCUGUGAAAGGGGACACAUGGAUGGGCAAAGGAUAGUUUUAUUUAACAUAUUAAGUCACAGUUCUUGAUUAAUUUUUUAUGUUAAAGAUAACACUUGUGGUGUGUUGCUAUACCAAAGAGAUGCUUAUUUUGAUAUUAGAAAAAUAUUUUUCUUACGUGUCGUGAAAGUUGCAAUUUUUAAAAUCUAUAAAAAUAAGCUUGUUCAAAGCAAAUGUUCUUUUCAUUUCUUCAGGUUCAUUAUUUUAAAACUUUAUUGACGGGAUGGGGAACACAUGUAAAUCCAUGGCUGAUUCAUGUCAGUGUAUGGCAAAAACCACUACAAUAUUGUAAAGUAAUUAGCCUCCAACGAAUAAAAGUAAAUGGAAAAAAAAAAUAAAAAAAAUAAAUCUCAGGCGGAAAACUAAAAUAAAUAAAUAAAUAAAACUUUAUUGAAAUAUUUCAAACCUAAGAGGGAAGGUGAAUCACUUAACACCCAUAUGUUUCCACCAUGCAGAUUUAAUAAAUUUUAGCAUUUGCUUAUGUUUUCUUUAGAUCUGUGAACAUGUUAAUAUGUAAGUGUUAAAUGCAUUUGAAACUUAUUUUAUUACCUUUUGAUUCCAUCCCUUUCUCCCCAGAGAUAACCUCUGCCCUAGAAGGAUUGCAUAUUCUAGUUUGUGUUUUUAUGUUUUUGAUACACAUAUGUGUUAUCAAAACACUACAAAGUACUAUCUUGAAACUAAUAUUAUUGACUGUAUGUCAAAUAAAAAAAAUACUAUUUUGUGUGUGUAGUAACCAGCCUCCAGAGGGCCCCAAUGGUCUUCUUCUGAUAUUCAUUUCUUAUAGAUAGUCCCCCACACUGAAUAGUGCUGCCUCAUGUAAGUACAGGACAUUGAGGAAAUGUGGUGUGAUUUUGCAGGCGAUACCUUUUGACCAUUUUUCUGUUAUGUUUUGUCUUUUCCUUAUGGAUUUAUAGCUAUUACAUAUUUUCGAUACUACAUAAUGCUCUGUUAUGUAUGUUUCAACUGUCUUGAAGUCUGUGGUGUAUCCUUGUAUUUGAUUAUAGAGUCUCCUUAAAUAAACAUUUUUAAUUUUAA